AUGAAGAAAACGACAACUUACUUCCCUGAUAGCACGGAAAGUUGCAGCAACGUUGCGGCAACCUGGUUUUUGGAACCUUGGAACUUUCCAUAUUUCGUGGUAGGAAUGUUGCCGCAACACGACAAGGAUUAUCUGGAUAAGUUGAAAAUCGAUUCCGAAGGCAAUGUAAUGGUUACGUCGAAAAAAACAGCACGCGGUUCAGCUUUGAAUGCACAGGCAGAGCUCAUUAAAGAAAAAUUUAAAAAACAAAAAAUGGAGCGAUCGAAUACUGUCACCUCGGAAAAUUUUAAAUUGGCUAAAAGCUCCUCGAUUUUCGAAAGAAAACGCCGAUUAGAUGAAGAUCAAUCUCACGAGGAAACAUUCAUGAAAUUGCGACGCGAAGAAGAGAAAGGUUGCGAUAUGAAGAAAAAAUACGAUAAGGAGAGGAGAGUCGAGGAAAAGAAUAGACGUGAAGGAGGAAAUUUGGCUGCUCAGAAAAGCAAACAGAAAAAUCUUGGAACGCAACAAAGGAAGAAAAAGAAAGGGCAAGAAGAAGAGAGAGAGGUCGAAGCACGGAAAAUCGAGAAGCAGAGACGACGAGAAGAAGAGAGAGAGCUUGAGGCGCGAAAAAUCGAGGAGGAGAGACAACGAGAAGAGAGAGAGCUCGAGGCGCGAAAAAUCGAGGAGGAAAGACAACGAGAGGAGAGAGAGCUCGAGGCGCGGAAAAUCGAAGAGGAGAGACAACGAGAAGAGAGAGAGCUCGAGGCGCGGAAAAUCGAGGAGGAGAGACAACGCGAAAAAGAGAAAGAACGCGAAAAAAACGAGCUUGCAACGAGGAAAAGCGAGGACGGCAGCAGCAGCGAAGAAAGUGAUUUGGGUAACUCAGAAAGCGGCGGAGACGCGAGUGAGUCCGAGGACGAGAGGCGCCGAGAAGAAGAGGAUGAAGAUGAAGAGCUCGAGGCACGAAAAAGGAAAGAGAGUAUCAGCAGCGAGGAAAGUGACCUGGGUAACGGAGAGAACGGCACAGACGCGAGUGAGUCCGAGGAGGAGAGGCGCCGAGAAGAAGAGGAUGGAGAUGAAAAGCUCGAGGCGCCAAAAAGGAAAGAGAGCAGCAGCAGCGAGGAGAGUAACCUCGGUUACGGAAAGAACGGCACAGACGCGAGUGAGUCCGAGGAGGAGAGGCAGCAGCUUACGGGAGGAAAGAGAAGACGCGAAGUAGAGAGACGACGCGAGCUAGAAAGGCAACGUGAAAUAGAGAGACGACAGGAAGCCGAACGUGAACGUGAAAUAGAGAGGCAACGUGACGCAGAACGUCAACAUGAAGAUCGAGAAGUGCGCAACCGACCUGGGGUUAGCAACGGUGUUCUCGACGAGGAUCCUCUCGUGGUUUGCCGCUCUCCUGGCAAUGGUAGAGUCCAGAUUUGCUCCGACUUUAAUGUCUGGAUCGACAAGGGCUUCCUCACUGUCAUGAAUAGGUGGUCGAGUGAUGCCAAGCAAAUGACGCGUCGGCUACUAAAGAAGCUUGUAGGCGAAGAAAACCUCAAAAACAUGUGUGCUCGUGGAAGAUCCGGCGCAGGAAAACCUGGUAUUCCAGAGGACAUCGUGUCAGCAGUUGAAUAUUACGUGAAUAAGAAGUGCCCAUCAGGGCUGGAGCCCUCUAAAUUCACAGCAGUGAUCAAUCUGAUGAUUGGUACCUUGAGACACCCUCGAACUUAA